GAUAAACAAUUUUAAGUAGUUAGAUAAAACUUCUAUUGCCAAAUAUAUAUAAAAAGAGGAGAUCGUUUCAAACAUUAAAUGGUAUAGGUUUCAUAGAAUAAUUAUUAAUUAUUUGUUAUUUAAUAAUGAAAAGCUUUGUGGGUACCAUUGCGGUUUUAUCCGUUGUUGCUGUUGCAUAUGGUCUUAGCGGUUCUGGAACUACCACCCGCUACUGGGAUUGCUGCAAGCCAUCCUGCUCAUGGAAGGAAAAUGUUGGAACACUGGACCCUGUGGAAUCCUGUGCCGCUGAUGGUGAAACUAAACUUGAUGCUUCAGUAAAUUCUGGAUGUGAUUCGGAUGGUACUUCCUACGUAUGCAACAACUUGCAACCCUGGGCUGUUAACGAUACUCUUGCAUAUGGGUUCGUAGCCGCUUCUUUUACUGGUGGUGUUGACAACAGCCAAUGCUGUGUUUGUUUACAACUUACAUUUAAAAAUACACUUGCUGGCAAAACAAUGAUUGUACAAAACGUUAAUACUGGAGAAGACUUAGGAUCUAACCAAUUCGACAUUCAAAUUCCCGGAGGUGGUGUGGGUAUUUUCACCCGCGGUUGCCAAACUCAAUGGAAUGCUCCAGCUAGCGGUUGGGGUGAGCAAUACGGCGGAGUCACUUCCGAUGCUGAAUGUGACGAACUCCCUACAGAACUUCAAUCUGGAUGCCACUUUAGAUUUGGAUGGUAUGAAAACGCUGAGAAUCCAGAGGUUGACUUUGAACAAAUUACCUGCCCAACUGAACUUACUUCCCUUACUGGUUGUGUAAAUGACAAUAUGUAAAGAAAUAUUUUGUAUGAAAUUAAUUUUUGUUUAUAAUAUUAAAUGGAGUUAAAUCAUUAGAAAAUUC